AUGGCCGGUGGGCCCGCGCGGCUGCUUGCUCUGGCGCUGGGCUGCCUGGCCGCCGUGGCCGCUCUGGCGGAGCAGCAGCAGCUGCGCUUCAAGCCGGCCCCGGCCCCCACCCCCGUACGGCUCUUCAGCGAGUCCGAGCUGGCCAGAUACAGCGGGCAGGAGGAGGGACAGCCUAUUUACAUGGCUGUGAAGGGAGUAGUAUUUGAUGUCACUUCUGGAAAAGAAUUUUAUGGAAAAGGUGCCCCGUACAACGCCCUCGUUGGGAAGGACUCAACACGAGGAGUUGCAAAGAUGUCACUUGACCCGGAAGAUCUCACUCAUGACACAACAGGGCUCACGGAAGAAGAGCUAAAAUCCCUGGAUGAUAUCUUCAAUGAUGUGUACAAAGCCAAAUAUCCUAUUGUUGGCUACACUUCUCAAAGAAUUCUGAAUGAGGAUGGCAGCCCCAAUCAGAACUUUAAACCUGAGGAUCAGCCACAUUUCAGCAUUAGAGAUGAAUUUUGAUGAAGGAUUUAGCAUCCUGAAAAUCCUCAGAUGGACAUUGUAGAACGCUGUAUGACUGGGAAACAUUGACUGUUUCUAAGGCAGAAGAACGCUUUCUAUGAAUUAUGUAUCUUUUUUGUAUUUUUGUUAUCUGUCCCCCCGCUCAACGAGGAUAAUGGCUGAUUACUAGUGUUGUGAAUUCCUUCAGGUAGUGAACCAAAUACAAUUUAAUCAGUGGCAGGUAUUUGUGGAUUGGAGGGAAUUAUUUCAAUAAAAUUCUCACUGCCAAUAUCUUGAUUUCUCUUUUUUAAUAUAAAAAUAAAAAUUGGAUAACUAAAAACUCAUUCCCUGAAGGGGAGAAAAUGUCCUUUAAUAGCUGAAUCAUGGGACAUGGGGUUUUGCCAUUUCUGGGUUCUGUUCACUGUUCUGCUGCAAACUUGCUGUAUUACAUGAGUCACCUUACUUCACUUCUCCAUGCCUCAGUUUCUCCAUCAACAAAAUAGGUGUAAUAAGGCUUCCUAUCUCAGAGGAGUGAUGUGGGGUUUAAUAUUCAUCCUCUUUGAUUACAGUGGAUAUAUAAAUGCUGACUUCCUGAAAUGUACUUAAAUGCUGUAUAUUUAUGCAAAGCCCAGUGUUAUAAAACAAAGAUUUUUCUUCUGGAAAAUGUACUAUUUAAUUACCUUUUGAUUUGAUAUAGGCUAUGGGCUACAAUCGGCAGCUCUGCUGCGAGAUCUCUAAUGGAGCUGCUCUACCCUGACAGGAGAGAGGUCUCCCAUCGCCUUAAAUAAUCCACCCCCACCAAGCAGUGGCAGCUAUGAUGACAGAAGUUCUCCUGCCAACAUAGCGCUGUCCGCACUGGCACAUAGGUGGAUGUUACUUAUGUUGCUCAGGGCGGUGGCUUAGUCACACCUCUGAGUGGCAUAAGUUAUACUGACAUAAGUGGUAAUGUAGAUAUGGCCUAAAUCACUCUUAUUAUUGUAGUAGUUUCAGCAAAAUAGCACUUUUUUGUAAUACAUUUACAUGGGUUUGUCAUUUAAAAUUAGGUCAUGAUGGUUGUUUAGUAUCCUCAACUCCUAAUUCCCACAAACCAAGAGAAAUUAUAACUUAGGACCUCUGGUUAUCAUAAAGUCUUUGUUCACAUAUUGUAAAGUAGAAGUUUACUGUGAUUAUUUCAGUCUGACCCGAAUAUUCCCAGCUUCUCUAUGCUGUCAAUUAAACUCUGGUUGACUCUAUACAUAAGAGCAGGAACUAGGGUGCUGGAGCGCCUCCUGGCUUGAAGUAGUUAUCAUCAUAUGCAGGCUUUACAGUUUGGUUCAAGAGCUCUCAGCACCCCCUCUACACAAAUUGUUCUAGCACCCUUGUCUACCAGUGCUUUUUCCAUUUUUAAUCUCUCUCAGUUCUCUGCACUAUUACUUUUCCUAGCUUGAUCAUUGCCACUCCAGUUCCCUUGAAAGAUGUGUGUGUGUUCUUUUUCUGUUUAACCUAAUAUACAACUCCAGGUCCUGCUGGGGGGGAAAACAAGUCCUCUCCUCUGUCAGAUUUCUCUUUGCAGUCUUUCAGGCUGCUUUUAAUUUACAUAGCAACCAGAGAACAUUAAAUGCUUGUGCUAUACCAAGUGCUGCUGACUUCUGACUUCCACUAACUGAAGUCAAAUGCUAACUGUCAUGUAUGUGGAUUUAUCUGCUACCAUGAAUUAGCACUGAGAAACUGAGCAGCUGCUUCCAAUUUCUUAAAGAUAAUUUGCUUCAUUAUGUUAACCUUCUGGCUGCUUUCUUUCAAAGAGUAAAUGAUUGAAUCAUUUAUUCUCCUUCUCCUGGGAUCUGUACGCUGUAUAGCCUAUUGUGGGAGAAAAAUAAUUGUCUGAUCAUUUAAAAUAAAAGUUUUUUCUUUUAUCCCUUUCAUAAAGUCAUUGAUAUUUACUCUAAAUUUGCUUUGUGCCUUAAGCCCCUUUUUUCCCCAUGUAGCCAUUCAGCAGUAUUGUGUAAGAGGUUAAAGCAACGGACUCCUGGUGGAUACACUCUGCCACUAAGUUUCUGUGUACCUGAGGUUACCUGUGCCACUUAACUGCAUCACAAAAGUUCUAAUUAAUAAAUGUUUGUAUUUAAAGCUACA